AUGCUAAAGACGCAGGCUGAGAUGAGGAAUGACGAACCCAAGAACCCUUCGACAUCUCUCCCUCAUCUCCUCCGUGAAUGGCGCGCUUUGGUGGCGGCUCUGGCCUUCCACCUCGCGUUUGAUCCUCCAUUCUCGCCGCCGCCGCCGCCGUCUUCUUGCGACCACCCUCGCGACAAAUUCAUGCUGUCCCUCCUCUGCUCCGCCCUCUUCACCCUCUCCCUCCUCUCCUUCCUCUUCGUCUCCUUCUCCCUGUUCAAGAGGCUCCACGGCGGCGGCGCCCCCCGCGCCCGCGGCGCCGCGAGCCCCGGGCGCGACGGCCCGCCGACACCCAUCGACGAGAACGAUGAGGCCCGAGAGCGAGAGCCCGACCCAGACCCGACCCGCCUGACCCAUUCCCUGCUCCUCGAGAUCUUGCCCUCCUCCGAUGCCGCGGGCCUGUGCAGCGACGCGGACGAGCCGGUCUCCGGCUCGGAGCAGUGUCCCGGGGGGACGGCCCAGGCCGGGAAGAGGAAGAAGAAGAGGGCCAAGAAGAAGAGCAAGAGGUCGGAUGCGAGGGUCGCUGAGGAGGAGGAGCGGGAGGAUAGGUCGGGUUCGGGUCGGCCCGUGUCGGAGAAGCCCGAGCUGAUUUGCCUGUACCCGUUUACUUCUUCUGGCAGUGCCACGCAGAGGAGGAUCAAGCAGCACUAUGACGAGCUUGUCAAGUGCCAUGAGUCCAAAGGAUUGACCAUUGCUCAGGUCAGCCAGUUUGCUAAUUGCUUGGUUGAGGCUAGGAAUGAGCUACAGCACAAGUCGGAGGUUAUACAGCGCAAGUUUACCAUAGCAAAAGCCCUGCUUUUUAAGGCAGAUAGAUCCUCCUUUGAGCGACUUCGUCAGCAGAUAUACAAGUUAGAGUUGGAACAGAAGAGACUUGAAGAAGAUGCAUUUGUUUAUAACUGGCUCCAACAGCAGCUCAAACUCUCGCCAGCCUACAAGAAGAUGCUUGAAGUUGGUGCCUCCAUGGAGUUGAAGGCUAAAUCUGGUGAACUGAUGGAAGCUGAAGAUUCAGAAGUCCCGGAUAUUUCAUUUGAAGAGCUAUUAGCACAAGAAAAGAAAGAUUCUUUUUGGCAGAAAACAAAGAAAUCAAGAUCAGGCUCAAACUAAUUAAAAAGCUUCCUUUGCUAACGGAGUACAAAGACUAGCCUCUCUACUGUGUAUAUUCCUCGAAUUCACACUUCGUCAAGGCCAAGUAUGGUUUUUGAUGCCAUGCUUCAGGGCGUGAGGUGUGAACACUUAGCUUGGUCUGACCACCUUCAACGUUGUCAUGGAGAUAUGGAUGCGAGUCCAAGUGAUUUUGGGAAAGGAGAAACAUGGGUGAUCUUCUGACGUUGUCGAAGCCUUUUGCUGACUAGGGGUGUUGACAUUUGAAUCUGAAGUCUGUCAGAUUAACGAGUGAUAGAUCAGCUGUCGGUAGGUGAUCUCAGUUUUGGUCAUCACUUCUCUCUCUGAAUGUUUUUUGGUUUGAUUUGAUCUUGCAAUGUUAAUGUAUGCAGCAAUGGAAAAGAAUUUGGUUUAUGGUUCUGAAAUUAUGAGAAAACAAAAAUUUUCCUGUC